UCAGCCUGGCCGAGCUCCUCUGCGGGCUCCGCUGCUUUCGCCAGCCUCCCCGAGAAAGGGUGGCGGCGGCUGCUUUCCCCGCAGGGUUCAUUCCUAACUGAGGGGGAACAGCGGAAGGGAUCAAGCUCCCGGCUCGCCCACCCGCCGGAGAAGCCAGCCCCGUCAGUCCGGCAAGCCAACUCCGGCCGGUGGAGGAGCGCCGGGCCCUCCUAACCGGGACCGACACCUCCCGCGGGCAGCUGCCCGCCGCCACCUCCCCGCCCGCUGUGCCCAUGCCCGGCUCCGCCAAGCGAUGACUCUGAGCGCGGAGAUGUCCGCCGCCGCCUCCGCCUUGGCCGAAGAGACAGACAUCGACGUGGUCGGGGAGGGAGAGGACGAGGGGGGCGGCGACGAGGACGAGGACGACGAGGAGGAGCCCCCUCCCCGGCGGCCCUACGACGAGGAGGAGGAGGACGAGGCCAGCUCACUGCCCAGGUCCCCGGGGGGGCGCGCACCGGCAGGGUCCCCGGGCUCCGGCUCGCCCUCCUCGCCCUCCUCCUCGUCCUCCGGCUCCCCCUCGCAGCCGGGACCCUUCCGGGCGGCGGGCGGCGGCAAGAGCAGCCUGGUGAAACCGCCCUACUCCUACAUCGCCCUCAUCACCAUGGCCAUCCUACAGAGCCCCAAGAAGCGGCUGACGCUGAGCGAGAUCUGCGAGUUCAUCAGCGGCCGCUUCCCUUACUACCGCGAGAAGUUCCCGGCCUGGCAGAACUCCAUCCGCCACAACCUGUCGCUCAACGACUGCUUCGUCAAGAUCCCCCGCGAGCCGGGCAACCCGGGCAAAGGCAACUACUGGACGCUGGACCCGGAGUCCGCCGACAUGUUCGACAACGGCAGCUUCCUGCGGCGCAGGAAGCGCUUCAAGAGGCAGCCGCUGCCGGCCUCCGACCUGCUCCUCCGCGGGCUCGAACCCGCCGCUGCCGCCGCCUUCCUUCACCCGCCGCCGCCGCCCGCCGCCCAGCCGCCGCCCGGGCUCCCCGGCCAGCCCCCCGCCUACGCCUACGGGCCUUACAGCUGCGGCUACGGCCUCCACCUCCAGCCCUACCCCGCGCCCUCGACGCUCUUCGCUUUCCCGCCCCAGGAGAGGCGGCCGUCGGCGUCGGGCCCCGUCCUGCCGCCUGCCCCGCCUUCCCUCCUGGGCCCGCCGGCGGCGGGACCGGAGCUGGGCCGGACUACCAGUUUCAGCUACGCGGCCCAGCUGGGCCCGUCGUUGGCCGCUUCUUUGCACGCGGCCGCCACCAAGACCACUUCGGCCUUGGCGCGUUCCCCGUUCUCCAUUGAGAGCAUCAUCGGGGGCAGCGUCAGCCCCGGGCCGGGGAACCGCUGCGGGUCUCAGGCCGCGGGACUGCCGGUCCUGGCACGAACCUUGAUGGCCUCGCCGUCGCCUUCGCCCUCGCUGACCUCUCCCGCCGCCGCCGCCGCCUCUCUGGGAACUCUGCCCCACGGGGCGGCCUUGGGCAGCGUGGAAAGCUGCGCGGCCAGGAUUUCCAAUUGCUAGCUUGCCUGGGCCACCACCAGCCUCGUCUCCCUUCGGCUUUGGAGAGCAGCGACGCGGAGAGACCUUUCCGGACUGAUCGACUCGCUGGUUGGUUUCUCUGUGCCCUUUUUUCCCCUCGCUUGUCUCUGGCCUUCCGGUUUGCUUCUUCUUCCGUACCUCUAUUUAUGCAAAGCCAUUUCUUAGAUGCUGCAGAGACAGAUGGCAGAGAAACGGUCCUCGGGUCUCUGCUUUGAAAACAGACGCCACCCUGUUUCCCCCCUUUCAAAUAUCUUCUUUUUUUAAAAAAAAGUUUUAUUUGCUUUCCGUUGCAGAGCUCGCCGGGUUCCCCCAGGAAGGAAGGAGGGGGCGGACAUGGGAACCCAGCAAAAACGUUGAGGGAGUCGUCAUUUGCGGUUCAUUUUCUCUCCCCCUCCCCGGUACUUUUUAUGCACGGAAAGAUCAAAAUGUUUACAUAGAAGAGAUUGUCAUUGUUUUAACCUGGGGUAUGUAUAAAUGGAAGGCGCUCUGUCUUUUCAAUUUGUAUUUUAUGUAUAUUCUUUAUCAGGAUUAUUGUUAAGAGGACUGACAAGUUUUAUUGUACCUUCCAUUUUUUAAAAAAAUACUUUUUUUUUUUACACAUUUCCAGAAAUAAAGCAAAUGAUUUUUCAAGAAAAUAAAUCCCGCUAUUGGCUUUAGGGUUCCAGGUCUUUAGUGUUCUGCCCUGUGAAAAUGUAUUUGUAGUUCUAAUUUUAUCAAUAUUUAGGCAGAUGAAUAAAAACAACAAUAACAAAAAAUAAUAGCAGCAAAUGUUUUCUCAGAGGAGGUAUGGUUCUCAAGAUUUAGCCAUAACUUAAUCCAAAUGAAAGGUCACUAAAUCUUAUAAUAUUUUCAUGAGAUUAGCAACUUUGAUAUGAAGUUGUACAUUCCCCUUUCCUGCAGUUGGUCUUCAAUAAUCCCACAGGCUCAUAGUUGAAAUCAGUGGGACUUCCUUUGUACUUAACUGUAAAACCAAUAGGCUUAUGGUAAA